GCACAGCAUCUUAAUCCCACAACUAUUUCCCACCACUCCCCAGGGGAAGCAAGCGGGCAAAAGAAGCACAACGACAUUUUCCAAUUCCCGAAAACGGAAACAACCAACGAAAAAACCUUGCCUGAAGAAAACGAAUCGAACCACCCUCUUUUGGGAAUAGUAUUCUUCUUAUCCCCAAUAAUGGAUAAUCCAAUUUCGGGGAGGAAUAAUCCGAAUCAUCCUUAAUUCCAUUUAAAGCAGGUGUGACUCUGACAAGAAAAUUAAAAAAAAAAAUAAAAAAAUAAAAAAAAAGAAUUACAUGUCCUCCCCUGCUAUUCCAUUGUCUAGUUGUAAUCCCAUUACCGUUUUCCUUAUUCCAGUAUCGGAUUCUAUUCACCUCCCACCAUCACCACCACCACCACCACCACCUCAUCAACCUCUUUGUCUUCCGCCCAAAUGCCUAUUUAAGUCCAACAUGCGAAUUCCUAUGAACCCCAUUUCAUUCUGCUUCUCUUUGCUUUUGCCUCAUUUCUCUCCCGCUUCUUUGUCUUCCCGAGUUCGACUCGCGUCGGGAUUUCUUUCCGACUCAGUUCCUUAUUCUGGAAAAAGAAAAGGGAUUCAUACUUCAGGAGCUAAACAAUUGUGUGCCAGUUAUCAAAUGGAUAAGAAUCAUGGAACUGUAUUGGGUGACAAAUCUUCUGGUCUUCAGCAUAUGGGUUUGAAUGACAAUGGUCAACAACCUUGUAUAUGGUCGUCUACAGAAGGAGAAUGUCCGAUAGAUAUUGGAAAGCAGAUCUUUUGCAACAGAUCAUUGAAUAUGAAGAAUAUUGUCGCUGUAGGGUUUGACAUGGAUUAUACUUUGGCACAAUACAAGCCAGAAACAUUUGAAUCCCUCGCAUAUGAAGGCACUAUAAAGAAAUUGGUGAAUAAUUUAGGAUACCCUUCUGAGCUGCUUGGUUGGUCAUUUGAUUGGAAGUAUAUGGUCAGAGGAUUGGUACUUGAUAAAAAAAGAGGCAACAUAUUGAAGAUGGAUCGUCAUAAGUAUGUGAAAGUAGCCUACCAUGGAUUUAAAGAGCUGUCAAAGGAAGAAAAAGUUGACACCUAUGGAAAUACUUUAAUACGGGAUUCUUUCGAUGAACCUGACUAUGCUCUCAUUGAUACCCUUUUUUCAUUAGCCGAAGCCUAUAUGUUUGCCCAACUGGUUGACUUAUGGGAUAAGAAUCCUGAAAUAUUUCCACACAACUUGGGUUAUGUUCGUAUGUACAAAGAUGUUCGAGCUGCAGUUGAUCUUUGCCAUCGUGACGGAACUCUUAAGAAAAUGGUUGCUAAAGAUCCUAAAAAGUAUAUAAAUGAGGAUGCCUCUCUCGUACCCAUGCUUAAAAUGCUCAGAGCAUCUAGUCGUACUACUUUUUUGGUGACAAACAGCUUGUGGGACUAUACAAACAUUGUGAUGAAUUUCCUCUGUGAAUCCCGAACAUUGGAUGGUAGUAAAAAAUGCAAUUUUGACUGGCUUCGUUACUUUGAUCUUGUCAUUACUGGCAGUGCAAAGCCAGGCUUCUUCCAUGAUGACAGUCGAGCCAAUCUUUUUCAGGUUGAACUUGAGACUGCAAAGUUACUUAAUACUGAUAGUGGAUCUCCUAUGCCUCAGGUUGGAGAUAUUUUCUGUGAGUCAUCAGAGAGUUUGACUACAGCUAAAGUUUACCAGGGCGGCAAUGUUGGUCAUCUGCACAAAUUACUGAAAAUUGCGUCAAGUUCACAGGUUCUUUAUGUUGGAGAUCACAUAUAUGGAGACAUUCUGCGCAGCAAAAAGGUUCUUGGAUGGAGAACAAUGCUUGUUGUUCCAGAGCUAGAGAGGGAGGUUGAACUCCUCUGGGAAUUAAGAGAUACCCGCAAGGAACUUCGAUCAUUGAGGAAUCAACGUGAUGACAUUGAAGACAAGAUUGAUCACUUGAAUUGGUCUCUAAAAUCUAAGGAUAUCACUGCAGAGGAGAAGCAGAACUUGUCUUCUAAACUAGUUGAGUUGCAGUCUAAGAGGGACCUAGUGCGUUUCACUCAUCAACAAGCUCAACGCAAUUGUCACCAAAAGUUUCAUAAGGUCUGGGGGCAGCUCAUGAAGACUGGUUAUCAGAACUCUCGCUUUGCUCAUCAGGUUGAGAGAUUUGCUUGCCUUUAUACCAGCCAAGUUUCCAACUUAAGCCUGUAUUCCCCAGAAAAAUACUACAGACCCAGUGAAGACUUCAUGCCCCACGAAUUCGGUAUUAUUCCACUUUGAGGUCGUUUUUGCACCCAAAUGGUGGGGUGGGGGCAUUGCUAAUUGAUUAGGCUUUGGUAAGCAAGCAGCGAAGCAAACAUGGCUUGUACCAAAGUUUGUGAAUUUUUUUUUUUUUUUCUCUCAUAUUUUCCUUGAUGUUUUGGUAUAUACAAGGGCAUAAUAGAAUGGCCCACUAGCUUUUUCAGGUGUCAAAAUAUGUCAUAUUAGUUCUCUACAUCUGAAGCUUGAUCACUAAUGUAAGCGGGUAGCAUGUUGCAUUACAAUCGUUACGCCUUUUAAAUGAGUUCUAGCAACACCCA